AUGAGUUCAGACGUUCGCUCAUCAGCUGCUGCGUCAACAACAAGCGCAGGUAAAAAGAAACAAGGUGGAUUUUUAUCUCGGCAGGCUAAGUCAAAACAGACGGAUCCCAAAGAUAUAGUGUACGAAGCAGAUUUGCUGAGGAAAGAUUUUGUCACACCUGAAGAUGUUCUCAGAUUAAAUUCUGUUACUGAAAAAUAUCUAUGUCCACCUGAAGCUAAUGUUUAUGGUAUAGAUUUUACCCGGUUUAAACUACGUGAUUUGGAUAGCAACACAGUUUUAUUUGAAGUCGCCAAACCUCCUCCCUCAGAUGAUGCUGAUCCUAAUGCAGGAAGAUUCGUACGAUAUCAAUUUACAUCUCAAUUUCUUAAACUAAAGACUGUGGGAGCUACUGUUGAAUUUAUAGUUGGUGACAAGCCAGUGAAUAAAUUUCGAAUGGUGGAAAAACAUUAUUUUAGAGAAAGAAUGCUCAAAUGUUUUGAUUUUGAAUUUGGUUUUUGUAUCCCACAUAGUCGUAAUACUGUAGAACAUAUUUAUGAAUUCCCUACUCUGUCAGCAGAAGAAAUUAAAGAUAUGAUUGAUCACCCGUAUGAAACAAGAUCAGACAGUUUUUACUUUGUGGAUGAUAAAUUAAUCAUGCAUAACAAGGCUGAUUACGCUUAUAAUGGUGGUACAAUGUGA